AUGGAGAAAAAAUCGAGCUGGAAAAAUAAAUUCUAUGAUGAUGCUCAACCAAUCCGACACGCUUCAUUUGUAGAAAUCUUGCGAUAUGCUCAACGACGAGAUUAUAUUUUGUUUGGUUUUGGUAUCACAUUAUCAAUGGCGAACGGAGCAAUAUCACCACUCAGCUCUGUCUUUUUCAGAGGAAUGAUAGAUGCAUUAAUGGUUGGCCAAGCAAAUCUUGAAAACGGUACUUUCAAUAUAGAAACAUAUACACAUUCAGUGCUUACUUAUGUAUACUUUUAUGCAUUACUUGGUGUCCUUAUAUUUCUCAUCGGAUUAUCCUCGAUGACAUGUUUACUUACAUUGAGUGAACGUCAAGCUUAUGAAAUUCGUAAACGAUAUUUUGCUGCACUAUUAAAGCAAGAAAUGGCUUGGUAUGAUAAAAAGGAAGCUGGCGCACUUACCAAUAAAUUGUCGGUAGGAAUAGAACGAAUCAAAGAUGGUAUAGGAGAUAAAUUCGGCAUUCUUUUGCAGGCUUUUACUCAUUUAAUCUCUGGCAUUAUCGUUGCCUUCUACUACAGCUGGCGCAUGACUUUAUUAAUACUUCUUGCUGCACCAAUUAUUAUAUUAUUAUUGUUUGGGUCAAUUAAGGCAUUAGCAGUUAUGACACGUCAAGAAAUGCUUGCAUACGAUGAAGCAAGCGCUGUUGCCAAUGAAGUUAUUAGUAACAUUCGAACAGUUACCUCUUUCAAUGCGCAGUAUGCCGAAGUUGUGAGAUAUGGAGAUCGGUUAAAAUAUGCGCGAAAAAUGGGUAUAAAAGGAAUAUUUAUCACUGGUAUUUUCACAGGUUUUUAUAUUUUCGUUCUCUUUGGUUCCAUGGGAUUUAUUUUCCGGUACGGUACAAAUUUGGUGAUUGAAGGUGAAAUUACACCAGGCACUGUGUUUGGUGUAUUUUGGGCUAUAAUGCUUGGCGCAAUGCGUUUAGGUCAGGCAAUACCUCAACUUGGAGUUUUUACUGCUGCAAAACUUGCUGCUGGCGAAGAACCAAAAAUCAAUUGUAUGUCACCGCAUGGAUUAACUCCAUUAAAUGUGGAAGGUCGAAUUGAAUUUCAUAAUAUCCAUUUCUCUUAUCCAGCUCGACCGAACGUUAAAAUUUUGAAUAAUAUAUCAUUCACGAUGAACCCGGGAAGUACAGUUGCUUUGGUUGGUCACAGCGGUUGCGGGAAAUCAACCAUAAUCGGAUUGCUGCUAAGAUUCUAUGAACAGCAAGCAGGAAGAAUUACACUUGAUGGCAUACUAAUUAGUGAUUUGAAUAUUGAAUGGUUGCGCAACAAAAUUGGGCUCGUUUCUCAAGAGCCAGUAUUAUUUACUGCAACAGUGGAAGAGAAUUUGAAAUUGGGUAAUGAAGCGCUCACCGAAAAUGAGAUGAUCGAAGCUUGCAAGAUAGCAAAUGCUCACGAUUUCAUAAUGAAGCUACCAAAAGGCUAUAAGACAUUGGUCGGUGUGGGCGGUGUACAGUUAUCUGGUGGUCAGAAACAGCGUAUUGCUAUUGCUCGGGUUUUAGCUCGUGAUCCAAAGAUUUUGUUACUCGAUGAAGCAACUAGCGCACUAGAUUCGGAAAGUGAAGCUGCUGUGCAGCUUGCGCUUGACCGGGUUCGAGCUGGACGUACCACAAUAACAAUAGCACAUCGUUUGUCAACAAUACGUAAUGCUGAUAAAAUCAUUGUUUUCAAAAAUGGUGAAAUCAUGGAAAGCGGAUUACAUGAUGAGCUGAUGGCGUUGGAUGGAAUUUAUCGUCAAAGUGUAGAAGAACAAGAAAUAGGAAAAGGUGUUGAGUUUGUUGAUAGCGACAACGAGCAACAGUUGAAAAACAGUGAAGGCGAUGGUAAGAAGGACAGUAAAUUAAAUUGUCGAAGCGAAUACUCCCGAAAAUCCAUUGUUUCUGAAAAAUCACAUGGUAACAAAACGGAUUAUGAAGACAAAAAGGAAGAAUUGCCGAUCAUUAUUGUAGCUUUAGUAUUUACAAUAGUGCGAGGCUUAUCAUGGCCCGUUUUUUCCAUCGUUUAUGGUCGAACGUUUUUGGCGCUAUCCUCGUUGGAUAUAGACAAAAUGAUAGAAAACACUGCGCUAAAUACAAUACUGUACCUCAUUUUGGGUAUUGUUGGUGGAUUUUCAACAUUUUCUUCCGGAGCGCUGUUUGGUACAGCCGGUGAACAGAUAUCAAUGAGACUGCGUAUUGCAGUAUUCACAAAUAUCUUACGACAAGAUUUAUCAUUCUUUGAUAACAACGAUCAUUCAGUUGGAAAAUUAACAACACGUCUGGCAGUCGAUGCACAAAAUGUCAAAUCUGCAAUCGAUCAACGAUUGGCGGAAGUUUUACAAGGAAUUAUUUCACUUUGCGCCGGUAUAAUUGUAGCAUUUUUAUUUGACUGGAAAAUGGCAUCAAUUGGCUUCACUAUCUGUACUAUCCUUAUCAUUUUGCAAAGUGCUGUUUCGCAGUAUCUCAAAAUUCACGGUCAAAAAGAUAUUAAAAUAACCGAAAAAGCUGCUAGUUUGGCUUCUGAAUCAAUCGAAAAUAUCCGAACUGUGCAAUAUUUAACUAAGCAAAAAAAGAUGUACCAAUCUUACUGUUUUUCAUUACAGGAACCACAUAAACGAGCCAUUAUACGAGGUUUUUGGCAAGCUUUGAGUUAUGCUAUGUCUGUGAGUUUCAUGCAGUUCAAUUUUGCCAUUUCUUAUUUUUCCGGUCUUUGGUUGGUGCAAAAUUCAUGGUCUAAACCAUACAAUAUUUUUCAGGUAAUUGAAGCAUUGAAUGUGGCAUCAUUUACUGUACUUGCGGCAGCAUCUUUCUUACCGGAAUACAUACGAGCGCGCAUUUCAGCAAAUUUAACAUUUCAUAUCAAAAACUACGUUCCGCUUAUAGAUAAUUUAUCUGAGAAUGGCAUUCAACAGCCACUGAAAGGAAAUAUUCAACUGAAAGACGUUUGCUUUGCAUAUCCAAUGCUUUGUCAACAUACUGUUCUCAGGAAAUUUUCGAUGUCCGCAAUGUUUGGUCAAAAGAUAGCACUGGUCGGAUCAAGUGGAUGUGGUAAAAGUACGGUGAUCAAAUUGUUGGAACGGUUUUAUGAUGUUACUGAAGGCGUUUUGCUUGUCGAUAAUCGCGACAUCAAAAGUUACAAUGUUCGAUACCUUCGAUCACACAUUGCCGUGGUAGAUCAAGAACCAACAUUAUUCAAUAUAAGUAUUCGAGACAAUAUUGCAUAUGGCUUGGAUGAUGCGUCGCAGAAUCAAAUUGAAGCAGCUGCGAAAUUAGCCAAUAUUCAUAACUUUAUUGUCGCUUUACCGCAGGGAUAUGAUACAAUUGUUGGUUCGAAAGGAAGUCAACUGUCCGGUGGCCAAAAACAGCGGAUUGCAAUUGCAAGAGCAGUUAUAAGAAAUCCAAAAAUACUACUCCUUGAUGAAGCUACCAGUGCGUUGGAUAGUGGGGAUGAAAAGAUAGUACAAGAAGCGCUGGAAGCUGCACGUCAUGGCCGCACAUGCAUUGUGAUCGCACAUCGUUUGAAAACAGUUCAGAACUCUGAUUUAAUCAUUGUUUUAAAAGAUGGUGAAAUGGUAGAAUGUGGGGUUAUGAAACGUCGAAGGGAGAGUGGCAGCAUGGUUGUGGGACGGAAUGCUUUGGUUCGUGCUAUGAAAACAUUGCUGGCUGCCUUUUGCUUCUAUGCUUUGGGUCUCUUCAACUGUAUCACUUAUACUCUUCGAAGACAGUACUGCAAUCUUACGUUAUCCAAUGCUGUAAUCAUUGUAGCAACGAUAAGAAAACAUCAGGUUAUUCGUUAUGAAUACGUUCCUCUAUCACCUUUAUCGGCACAUCGAUUAAGUGUGGUAAAGCGAAAAAUUUUGGUGCUUGAUUUGGAUGAAACAUUGAUACACUCACAUCAUGAUGGUAUUAUACGUCCUAUGGUUAAACCCGGUACCCCACCCGAUUUUGUGUUACGAGUGAAUAUCGAUCGACAUCCUGUCCGAUUUUUCGUGCACUGUCGACCUCAUGUUGAUUAUUUUCUUUCGAUGGUUAGCCAGUGGUUUGAUUUAGUUAUUUUUACUGCAUCGAUGGAAAUUUAUGGGAGUUCGGUAGCCGAUAAGCUUGAUAAUGGUAAAGGCAUUCUGCAAAGGCGUUAUUUCAGACAGCAUUGUACAAUGGAUUAUGGCGGAUAUACAAAAGAUCUUUCUGCUGUACACGCCGAUCUCUCAUCAAUAUUUAUAUUAGAUAAUUCUCCCAGUGCAUACAGGAAGUUCCCCCAAAAUGCAAUUCCAAUACGAUCUUGGUUUUCGGAUCCAACAGAUACGUGUUUAUUAGCAUUAUUACCAUUUUUGGAUGCACUUCGGUUUGCAUCUGAUGUGCGCUCAAUUUUAAGUCGAAAUCAACAGCUUCAACAAGUUUGGUAG